AUGCCCGACCAGCCCAAGCCCUUGCCUACACAGGGUAACAGACACAGUGAAGGUCGAGCUGCCGGCUCUCAGUCUGAUGUGUUCAGCGAUGCUCCUCGAUCUACGCCGCAAAUCGGCCAUCAACCGGCACAAGCAAGACCUCCUAUCUCCAACCCUCAUCAAUCUCCGUCAAUUACGACCAAUCCGAUAUUCCCUCAGGAGAGAAGUGGGCAGAGCUUUCAACUUGCAACUAGGGAACAAGCAAAUCCUAGAGUUUCCCUUCCAAGCGCUCCUGGGCCGUCAUCAUUCAACAGCAGUCUGGACUUAUCUCUGCAACGUUUCGCAGAUAUUCCAAGUGGAGAUUACCAGAAGGUCGCAACUUAUAUUCGAGCACAUCCCUUGAUUCUCAAACAGGAUCCAGAAGCUCUUCUGACAGAAGCAAUUCAAGCGUAUCGUUUUGCCAGUUCCAGGCCUGAGCUGCAAAAUAGUAGCAGAUCGCUGUACGGGGAUGGUUGCAUCCAGCAACAUGUGAUUCUCAGGCAAUUACAAUACUUGCAAAGGAAACCUGUCGAAGCUCUACAAUCGAGGAGAGUAACAACAGAAGAGGUGACUGAAGCUGCGAAACACUACUUCGACCAGCUCCUCGACAAAAAGUCCCUUACUAGGAAACAGUUUGAUGAAGGGCUGGGUGAAGCUCGUGCACGUGCUAUGAGACAGUUGCAGGGUGCCGACCCAAGCCUUCAAACAACCGCCACGAGCACCCAGCAGUCCCCGACGCAGAUUAGGACAUCUACUACGGCUAUUCAAGCUCAGCAAAGCUCACUCCCAUUCCGCACCUCUCGAGUAACUUCCCCGCCGAGCCUUGCGCCUUUGACUCUGCAUGGUGAAGGAACUGAUAGAAGCCACCCUAGUCAGCCAGGUUCCACCACCCAAAUUCCACGAAGUGAGAAAGCCCACGGGCUAGACCCCAGGUUCGUGACCAGAAAAUCGGUCUUCUAUCAACCUGGGCACGUAUUUGCCAUUCUCUGGCACGAGCCCUUCAAUGACUCCCAGGGAUACGCCGGCCACAGCUCACGACAGUCAUACAUGAAUGCAAACGUCAGCAUCGGACUCUAUGGCGAGCCCAUUUACAGCUCGAUUCGCAGGAUGGUUGUUGUCCGACAGGACCAUGGCUGCAGUGUAUGUAUCCAAAUCAAUACCUAUGGCAAAAGAGGUCUGGCAAAAUUCGCGACAUCACCCAAGGACGUUGAUGCCCAUUCAAUAAUCUAUAUGGACGACACAGAACCUCGGCAGCACCCAGGUGAACCUGCAUCGAACAAAAGACCUAUUGCAGUCACGAAAGCAACCGCAGAUCAAAAACUGAAUUCGUUGAGCCGUCUCUGCUACUCCCAGCCGCACACGGUGCAACAUACCGUGAAAGCCAUGGAUGUUGGUUGGGUGACCAAAGAGAGUCUACCUUAUCUGCUAUCAUAUUACCAGACGAUCAACACUCUCCCUUAG